UGACGUGUGUGUGUGUGUGUGUGUGUAGCCUGUUGUGGCGUGUCCUUUCUCCUCAGCUCCACAGAAAGUGGAAUCUAACUGUAGCUCUUUCACACCUCACAGCAGGACUCUAGCAGUUUGACUUCCAAACCAACAAUGCAGCCUACUUCAUGAACUGAACUCACACUGACUUGGAGGGGAGACAACAGUUUAUCCACACUGUCUUGUAGUACCGGGGCCCCUCCUUCAAACGCUUUGCUUGUUUUGCUUAAGGGACAGGAGGAGCAUGUGUCAUAUCAAGCUGCAGAUCUGCAAAGAGACUCAGAGUGGUUUACAAAGGAUGGCUUCACAUGGUUCCUGGUUCUUUGAAGAGACAGCCUACAUGAAUAAAACCAAGCUAUAUAUCUCACUAUGAAACGGUGUUGACUGGAAAAGAGCAGUAACGUGGUGAGGCUCAGGUUGCGAAGAAUUCCAGUAUUUUACUGUGUGACUGUUUGAGAGACCUUGCACCGUAGCAAAGACUUGAAGAGCUUAAGGACAUGCUGUUCCUCUUCAUCCUGUCUUUUUGGGGUCCAGCUGUAUUGACUUCGGGCCAGGUUUGGCCUUUGUACGGCACACCACGGAAAACAGUUAAUCUGAGUAACAGAGGACAUGUCUUUCAAGAGGAAGGAGUGUGGAAUUACUCCACCAUGCUCCUGAGGGAAGACAUGGGUGUGCUCAUCCUGGGAGCUCGAGAGACCAUCUUUGCUCUGGACCUCAUGAACAUCACCCACAAGAAGGCAAUGGUAAAGUGGGCGGUGACUUCAGAUAUGCAGAGUACUUGUUCCAUCAAAGGGAAAACACUGACUGAGUGUCAGAACUACAUCCGGAUCCUUCAUAAAAUGCCGAACGGUUCGAUGUUGGUUUGUGGCACCAAUGCUUUCAAUCCAACCUGUGAUCUUAUGUCUUAUACAGACGGCAACCUGACUCUCGAAAGUAAACAACAAGAUGGGAAAGGAAAGUGUCCAUUUGAUCCUUUCCAGAGAUACGCCUCUGAACUUGUCGACGGAGAGCUGUACUCUGCUACAUCUAUAAAUUUCCUGGGCUCAGAACCGGUUGUGAUGCGAAGCUUAAAUGAGAAUGUACGCACUGAAUUCACGACUUCCUGGCUCAGUGAGCCUAAUUUCAUCGCCAUGAAGCACAUGCCUGAGGGACAUGACAAUCCAGACGGUGAUGAUGACAAGAUAUACCUUUUCUUUAGUGAAACAGCUGUGGAAUAUGAUGCCUACAAUAAGCUGGAUGUGUCAAGGGUGGCCCGUGUCUGUAAGGGGGAUGUGGGAGGACAGCGGACGUUGCAGAAGAAGUGGACAUCGUUCCUAAAGACUCGCCUGGACUGUCCUGUCCCUCAAACCAGACUGCCUCUUCUCAUACAGGAUGUGUUCCUCUUCUGCCCAGACACCUGGAAAACCUGUAUGUUCUACGGUGUCUUCACUCCUCAGACGAACAUGCCAGAGUACUCAGCAGUGUGUGCCUACAAGAUACAGGACAUCAGGGAAGUGUUCUCUGAAGGCAAAUUCAAAACGCUGUACAGAGACUCUUCAAUUACAAAAUGGGUGACAUUCAACGGAGAUGUGCCUGACCCCCGUCCAGGAGCUUGUAUAAACAAAGAUGCAAGGCAGAAAGGGUAUAACAGAUCAUUGGACCUGCCCGAUAAAACCCUUCAGUUUAUCCGAGAGAGGCCACUGAUGGACCAGGCAGUGAAGCAGUCUUCUCAGCAACCCCUAGUGGUGAAGAAAGGAGCUGCGUUUACACGUAUAGUGGUGGCCAAUACCAUUGGCCUGAAUGGGAGCAGCCAUCAGGUCAUGUUUAUUGGCACAGCAAGCGGUUCAGUGCUGAAAGCAGUCAACUAUGAUGGACAGAUGGUGAUAAUAGAGGAGGUGCAGCUCUUUAAGCAGUCUGAGCCAGUGAAGAUAUUGCAGCUCUCCAUCACACUGGGUCAGCUGUAUGUAGGCUCAGAGGUGGCGACGGUGCAGAUGCCGCUUAGUACGUGUGAGCAUUACAAUUCCUGUGUGGACUGUGUGCUGGCCAGAGACCCGUACUGCGGCUGGAAUCUCAUCUCUGACAGCUGCAUUGCUAUAAAUAACAUUCCCCAAGAUACACACAGUGAGGUGGUUCAGAAUCUGACACAUGGAAAUGUUGGACGUUGUCCCGCAGUCGAGAACAUUAUGACCAAUAAAACCUUCUACCCUGGUAAUGUGGUCAGGCUGCAGUGCCUGCCAGGAUCGAACCUGGCCCAAGUGCAAUGGAGUGUAAACAAUCACAUAACUGCAAAAUCCAACAAGUACCAGAUUUAUAACAACAGCCUGUUCAUCCUCAAUGCCGCGAACAGCGAUGCCGGAUUAUACACCUGCACCUCUAUAGAGUCCUCCAAUGUCAUUCAAAAUGUUACGUACAACUUGAGGCUGGAGAACAUCAUGGAUCAAAAUUCGGUCCUGCCACAGGUGCAGGAACAGCAGAACACUCUCUUGGCCCUCACGGCUCUGGUCAUUAUACUUACGCUGAUAUUAUUAGCUCUUGUUGUUUGGAACUUCUACAAAGGACAUUUUGCUGUCCCGCGAUGCUUCGGAAAAGCUGAGGAAAGACCACAGAGUGUGUCAGGCUGUCAGGAGCCACUGCAAAUAGGUGCCAAAAAUACAGCUGGACCAAUGGAGUUCAACAGAAAUAACAAUCACAACAGAUUAAGUGGACUCCCUGAUACUGCAAACCAGCAUAAUGGAGACAAAGUGUUCUAGUGAAGUUUAUUUAUUUACUUUAUUCUGCAGACCCUCAUGGACGAUAUAGUACAGUUUCAUAGCUCAAACCACACACUCUGAACUUUUUGGAGAUUUAAAACAGACGGUAAGACUGUAGACCUUUUACAGUUUUAUUAUUUAGUAUUAUGAUUUGACUACAGUACCACCUGAAAGUGUGAAACCUGAGGUUUUAAGCACAGUACAUUUUGUUGGCGAUUUAAAAUAAAUAAAUAAGACUGUCCAGUCACCAAUUCUUCAUCUGUGAAGAUGUAUUAAAGUUUGUAUGUGGACUACUGAAGAAGAUUAUACAACAGGAUUUGACCAUAAUCCAUAUUUCCUUUAAAAAAAACCUGUGUUCUGGAUGAGAACAGCAACAACACCAGUUUGUAUACAUGAUUUAUUUCCAUCACUCAAACUAAUGUUAUAUGAUGACUACAGUGGAGCCUGUGCGUGCCUUUCCAGAUACAGCUUCUUUUAAAAUCUCUGCCAGAAUGUAUGUUUUAGCACAUCUAGACCGCUACACUGUGCUUUUAAUGUGUGUGCUGUUCAAAAACCUGGACCUGACGAAGCCUCCAGAUUCAGCACGGUGUUGCCAAGGCAGAAACUCACUGAAACUUGCAGGACUUGUACAACUCCUUCGUAUUUUUGUUGUUUGUUUUUUUUUUUAAUACAAUUUUUUUAUUCUAACAUUUUGUGACGCAU